AAUUCUAUGUGUGCAAAGUUUAAUGGCGUUAACGACAGUUUGUAUUGUAAAUAUGUGUUGAAGUUAAAAAUUGCUGGAAAAAUACGAUUUGGUUUAUGAAUUAACUUAACAUGAUAUGAUCUGCAACUUGUAUGCUUCAAGAAAAACUAGAGAGGUGUUGCCUUAACAUCAAACAUGUCAGGAAUCGGAACAAAUGCACCAUCCUCAGCAGAUGCUUGUUUGAGCAUUGUCCACAGUUUAAUGUGUCACAGACAGGGAGGUGAAAAUGAGGGUUUCGCUAAGAGAGCCGUGGAGUCCCUUGUUAAAAAGUUGAAAGAGAAACGGGAUGAGCUUGACUCCCUAAUAACAGCAAUCACAACCAGUGGUGCUCAUCCAAGUAAAUGUGUAACCAUUCAAAGAACAUUGGAUGGAAGGCUUCAGGUGGCUGGACGGAAAGGAUUUCCCCAUGUAAUUUAUGCCAGGAUAUGGAGAUGGAGCGACUUGCAUAAAAAUGAAUUGAAACAUGUGAAACAUUGCCAGUUUGCGUUUGACCUAAAAUGUGAUUCAGUGUGCGUGAAUCCUUAUCACUAUGAAAGGGUCGUGUCCCCUGGAAUAGAUUUAUGCGGUCUCACAUUACAAUCAGGAGCUCCUCGCAUGGUGAAGGAUGAAUACACAGUUGGUCCCGUUCCUGGUUCAAGCAUGGAGGUUGACAAUGAAAUAAACAAGAACGCUCCACAGACUAUUCAACAUCAUCCAUUCCAGCAGAACUUCCAAAUGAAUGCUCUUCCAGCUCCUCCAGCAUCGGACACAAAUCAAAUUUACAACUCACCAACACGUUCUUUGCAAGGAAACAAAAUGGAGAAAAAUACGGAUAAUAGAAAUACCCAAUGGCUGCCUCAUAUGCAGAUGGGACAUAUGGGCGGUACGGUUUUCACACAGAUCAACACCUCGCAGCAAAACUCCCCAGGUUCUACGACGCUUCAUAUGGUGUCUGGACAUAACAAUCACCAGAUCUACACGAAUGCGGAGAACCCGGAGAAUAAGCCUAUGAUGACAGGAAACAAUUCCCCAAUCGUUCCUUCUAGGAUCAACCAUGAUGGUAACUCUAAUAAUUCCACCCUACAGGUGGGUAGUAUAGGGAACGUCCAGGAUAACCAACAGCAACAGAAUGUAUCGAUGGCACAGCCGAUGACAGGAACAGAGAACAAUUGGAGUGGCACCAAUACACUGAUAUAUACGCAGUCUAUGCAACCGCCCGACAAGAGAACCAACUUCUGGAGCAACGGCCAGAUGGAGAAUGGAGUCAACAUGGGCGGACUCCUGUCUAGCCAGCCUCCUCCAGAGUAUUGGUGUUCCGUUGCUUAUUUCGAGCUGGACAUUCAAGUUGGAGAGACUUUUAAGGUGCUCUCCAGCUGCCCGAGCGUGACGACCGACGGCUACGUGGACCCCUCUGGCGGAAACAGGUUCUGCCUGGGGGCGCUCAGCAACGUGCACAGGACAGAGCAGAGCGAGCGGGCGCGACUCCACAUCGGCAAGGGCGUGCAGCUCGAUCUGCGCGGAGAGGGCGACGUCUGGUUGCGGUGUCUUAGUGACCACCCGGUGUUCGUUCAGAGCUACUAUCUGGAUAGGGAGGCCGGCAGGCAGCCCGGAGACGCCGUCCAUAAAAUAUUCCCCUCUGCCUACAUAAAGGUCUUCGAUUUGAGACAGUGCCAUCACCAGAUGACGUCUCAGGCGGCGACCGCUAGGGCGGCGGCUGCGGCGCAGGCAGCGGCAGUGGCGGGACAUAUACCAGGUCCCCACUCAGUUGGCGGCAUAGCACCAGCUAUCAGCUUAUCUGCAGCUACGGGAAUUGGCGUUGAUGACCUAAGGAAACUCUGCAUCCUGAGACUGAGUUUUGUCAAAGGUUGGGGCCCCGACUACCCAAGACAGUCGAUCAAGGAGACUCCUUGCUGGAUCGAAGUGCACCUGCACAGGGCACUUCAAUUGCUGGACGAGGUCCUCCAUACGAUGCCCAUAGAUGGUCCCAGAGGAAUCGAAUGAGUUGGAGUUGUUGGAAGCGACGUUGAUGUGAGUCGAGAAACUGAUACUGACAACCGUUGAUGUUCCUUUUUUUUUCUAUUGGACGAUUUUUAACCCGUUGCAAAAGUUUCCUUGAAAUCCGGUUUGCUUUGACACCGCAGAUUGUUAAUGGCUGUUGUUCGAGGGGAUUUCUUCUCCUUUUGCUUUUUUAUUUCGAAUCCCAGUAACUUUAUUCGUAACUUUUUGAACAAAUUCCUUUUUACUAGUAAGAUUCAAAAUGUAGCAUCGCUCUUAUGACGAUACCAUCAUUAAACACUAAUGCCAACGUUACCUGUUAAAAAUCGUUCAUUCCUUCUUCUCUAAGUUAAACAAUGACAAAAGACUGAAAAUAUGGUGUUUGAAAAUCUGUAGUGCCAUUUCCACAAGUCCUCGAUCUUUCUAUUUUCAGCCCCUUAAGAGAUACCUAUACAUUUUUCACACAAACUCAAUUUUAAUUUGAAACAUUAGAUAUGUAACUUGAGAUAUUAUUAUAGUCGUAAACUAACAUAUUUUUCAAAAGAGGUUAGACGAUCGUUUUUACAUAAACGCUACAGAUAUAGAAGAAUUAUAACUGAUUGAAUUGAAUUGUAAUUUAUUAUGAAUAUUAUUUAUCCCAAAGUUUGUAUUGGUUUCAAAUGAGUUUACUAAGCUUUAAAUUUUUGUGAAGUUGUUUUGAAUUUAUCUAUUAUUGUUUGAAAAUUUUUCUGUUUUUUUAUUAAUGUGCUUCGAGAUGACGAAAUUUAUGAUUGAGAGUAUAUUGAGAUUGAUAUUUAAGUGGAGAGUAUAUACUAUUUUGAAAAUAUUUUUUAUACAACAGGGUGUUUUUGUGUUUGAAGGAUUCUAGCCAAACAAAAUAACUUCUCGCAAUUUCAAAUUGGUUUUUUGAUGAAAUAUUUGCGUGUCUUCUGUUUUCUAUUUCUUUUUUUUAUAUUUCUUCCAUGUGUCUCCUUUUGAACAACCUAGAUAAAAGGCCAACAGUUAUCACUUCUUAACUCAAAGUGUCCUUGAAGUUUUUUUUUUUUGUUGACACAUGAAACACCCUGUCCAAAUGAAAAUUUUCAGUGUAAUAGAAAGUACUAUUUUAAUGAUGAUUGAUAAGCUUAUAUUAUAGAAAUAAUAAUGUUCUCAAUAUUUUCAAAUAGAACAAAGAGUAUGUGAUACUAUGAACUGUAGUAAUAUAAGAAUUAGGUCAUAAAUGCUAGAAAUCUAUCAUUACUCCAUUUUCAAUUUAUAUCGGACCUAAAUGGAUAGAUGAUGUUGAUUAUCUUGUGAAUAUUUAUUCAUUUAAUUUUGUUAUUGCUUCUUAUUACGAUUAUUAUGUAAUCUUGAGCUUAGUUUAAGAGUUUUGCAUAUUUGGCUGAAGUUUUAUCAUAUAUAUUUGUAUAUUUAUUUAUGUCCACAUCUAGCUAUUUCACGAAAAUAUACAGUUCUGUCCAGUUCUUCAAUUUGUUUAGGCACUUAAAUUGUUUUUUUUUCUGAUAAUAUGUGGCAUGUGUUAGUCUACACGAUGUGUUAAUUAUACAUUGAUUUUAUUCAAAUAAAAAUAUUAUUUCAA